UGUCUCACUGUCUCGUGAUCUUCGUUCAGCAGAACAUAGCAGCAUCAGUGGCUUCGACUAUAGUUUUGUUUCCGGAGUUUGAAGAAGAUUUGUUUAAAUAGGUACCUAGUUUUCUUGAUGUGUUGAUUUUUUAACGAGUACCUUUAAUUCUUAUUAUAUGACAUUGAAACGAUCCAGAAAGAAGUGAUUAAGUGAUACGUUGUUAUUUGGAUUUGAUCCCGAAAAGACUUCAAAGCAUUUGUCAAGAAAUUCCUCACUCUCGAACGGAUCUUGCCAAAGUUUUCCAGUCUAGAUUUUUAUUCCAAGUAUACGUUUUCAAUCUUUGAAAGAGAUAACUACGCUGCGAAAUGUCGUACUAUAUGAACCAGACAGCCUCACUGAAUUCUAGCCACAUCGACACGAAAGCCUGCUCGUAUCUAUGGACCAUCACCAAUUAUUCAGCGAUACUGACCAAACCGAAUACAAGACUGAGAUCCGAGAAGUUUGCAGCUGCUGGCGAUAGUUUCAAUUGGUGUUUGGAACACACGGUCUUCGAAUUCGCACCGGGUCGUUCGUUCGUUGCAUUCAAGCUGUGCCCUGAUUCCUACGUAGAUCUUGAAAAACGUGGAACUGUUUCAGGGAAUGUUUGCGUUCUUCUUAUGGAGUUAGACACCCGCACCUCGUUUAAAGUUGAACGUCCAUUCGUUUUCAAGUACAGCGAUCCAGAAGUGGAUUUCUGCGGCAGUUUGCCUGGGAUCGAUAGCGAAGAAGUCGAGAAAUUUAUACGGGGAGACAAAUUAUUGAUCCGUUGCAACGUCACGUGCUCCAAGGAAAACCAAAUUACCUCGAUUUCUACUUCGAACAACUCGACUUCGGCCGGAAUUUCAGAAUGCAGGGUUUUAAUCGACCUGGAAAAAUGUUACAUCGAUGACCACUUCAAAGAUGUGACCAUUUCGGUGAAAGGUAAAGAAUACCGAGCUCACAAAAUAAUUUUAGCUACUCGCUGUUCGGUAUUUGAGAGAAUGCUCAGAGUAGACAUGUCGGAAAGCAAGAAUAAUCGCGUCGAUAUCACAGACAUGGAGCAAGACGUUUUCGAAGAAGUCUUAUACUACAUUUAUACUGGGAAGGUGAAGAAUCUGAAUGAAUUAGCCUUCGAGUUAUUACCAGUAGCUGAUCGAUAUGAUCUGAAAGAGCUGAGGAUAAUGUGCGAAGAAGCUUUGCUCGAACAGUUAUCAGCAAAAAAUGCGGUCAAGAUUUUAAUAUUGGCUGACAUGCAUCGUGCUGAGGAAUUGAAGGCGCAUACGCUUCGAUUCAUAAAACAGAAUUACAAGAUUUGCGAAGAUUUCAACGAUGCAGACAUUUGGAAAAACUUAGCUGCUCAUAAUUAUCAGCUGAUGAAAGAUAUGUUGAGUGCGUUUUGCAAGAACUGAAGAAUGCGUUUAACAUUAGAUAUCUUUUAUGAAGUUAUUGGAAUGCAUUUUAGUACCGGUUAUUUUUUAUUACCUAUUGUUUUAUUUACUU